AGAGAGAGACACCGUCCUCGGCCGGCGACCAGACAGUGCAGCAGCAGCAGUCGCGUACGUCGUACCGCAGCCGGCCAGUCACUUCGGCACUGCUCUUGUGCAAGGUGUAUUCGCCACGCGUCGCCGUUGUCAUCGUCAUCCACCACCUUCUCGCCCUCUGUCGACGAGCGUCUCGCGUUUUCCUGGCCGACAGUGCUCGCGCGAGACAGACCACCUCGAACCUCAAACCGUAUGGUUUGGUCCCUCUAACGUCACCUUAUGCUUACACAAAACUCAACAACCCGAAGUCAUGAUCAAAUCUGUUAUUAUUGUGAGUGCCAAGGAAUCUAGUUCCAACAAAGAAAUCCAUCAUCAUCAUGUGGAAAUAACGCAUAAGCGGUAGCAAAUACUGUUUUAGGGAUGGUUGCGUCUAUCAGGAUCGGCGUGCUGAGGCAUAUGUUAUACCGUCUGAUAUUUUGGGCGGCUAUAUUGUUAUGCCUCGCACAACUGUUGAUAACGUUAUGGAGAUCAGACCGGCCGAUGGCAAUGAAGUCGAGCAACAUCAACACCAGGAUGAUCCUGCAGAAUAUGAUUGAUUUUCAUACCGCGCGGACCACAACACCGCCGUACGAAAGCCUGUUGACCGUCGAGCCGUGGGUGGACAAGCUGUCCGUGCAAUCGGAACAGCUGAUCAUGGACCAAGUACAAAAACGGCUGCCCAAUCUGCCGGUGACGUAUUGGAACCAGAACAAGAACAAAGCGAUGUACUACAAAAACGAGAGUUGCGCCAAGUUUCCGAGUAUAUACGAAUUGGAAUUCAACAACGUGUACUGGCAGUCGCUACAGACGUCCAACGGGUCGUUCCACCUCUACAGCGCUUACUACGACGUGCGAAAGCUCAGUAGGAUCGGGCCGGCGGUCCGGAUACUUGGCAUGAUCAACCGGAUCGAGCCGACGGUCAAGACUCACUGUCAGUUUUGGUUCGACGACCACAGGCAGCCGGUCAUCGUGAAAAUCAUGGAAUACAAAUACAUAUGGUACAAGAAGUGGGGCAACUACAAGCAGGGCAUAUUCCAGCCGUACCUGAUCGCCUGCCAGAUACCCAAGUCCCACCACCACGCCGUGCCCGCGUCCGUGUCGUUGGUGGAGAACGUGUGCGACAAGGCCACCAACAACCUACGGGUGGUGUACAACCGACCGGCUGUGAAGAAAGGCUUCGCGGUGUGUGUCAAGGGCCUGGACUUCCUGUACGAAGACCUGUCGGUGCGGUUGGUCGAGUGGAUCGAGCUGCUGCACAUCCUGGGCGCGGAUAAGAUCUUCUUUUACCAGCUGCAAGUGCACCCGAACAUCAGCAAGGUGCUCGACCACUACGAGUCCGUGGGCCGCGUGCACGUGACGCCGUUGACGUUGCCCGGCGGCCAGCCCAACGUACCGGGAUUUCAGCACCUGUACCUGACCAAAAAAGUGAACCACAAGCGGCAGAACGAACUUAUACCGUACAACGAUUGCCUGUAUCGGAACCUCUACUCGUACGACUACAUAGCGCUGUUGGACAUCGACGAAGUGAUAAUGCCGAUACGGACCAGGACGUGGAAGGAGCUCAUGGAAACGGUGAUGGUCAAGGCGCUGGCAGCCAGGAACGAGACCCGCGCCUCGUACAACGUCCGGAACGUUUAUUUCCUGGACGAUCUGAUCCACACUCACGGUUGGUUCAAGACCAUGCCGAAGUACAUGCACAUGUUACAGCACGUGUACAGGAGCAAGAACUACACAAAACCGAACCAGUACGUGAAAUGCUUUCACAAUCCCGAAAGAGCGUUGACGCUGCACAACCAUUUCCCGCUGGCGUGCCUGAGCCAGGGCUGCACGUCGUACGCCAUGGACACGGCGGACGCACAUCUUCAACAUUAUCGAGCCGACUGCGUAAAGACACUGAAGAAAACUUGCACAGAGUUUAGACAGAACAGCAUAAUCGACACGACCAUCUGGAGGUACAAAAGAGAUCUCAUAUCCAGGGUGUCGAACACGUUGUCGUCACUGGGUUUUUUUCCGGCCAUAUAACGAAAAACCGAUUAAAAUAACACAACAUAUAAUAUCGUUAUAUACCGUUUGUCCACAAAAACAGGGAACCCAAAAAAAAGUGAAAUUGUUGAGUAUGCGUAAAAUACAAGAGUGAACCUAUUGUAAGUCACGGGUAUUUAUAAUCCAAUAGUUAAGUCUCAUGCCCCGCAAACCGAUAUCAAAAGUAUGUAUAGAGUGCUGAGUAAAGCCGGAUUCAAAGGUACGCCGUGUGUCGUGUCGUGCGAGGGAGUGGUAACUAUAUGGUUGCAACUGGUAACCAUAUUGGCUUAAAAGCUGAGCUGUAGUCAAUUAUUGGUAUAUUCGGUUGCAACUUGGUUAUUGAUAUGAUAUUAUAUGUUAUUUACAUGAUACCAAAAAAGUAACUCCAAUCACAAUGUGAUUUGAUCGGCAUGACACACCACACGACGUAGCUGUGAAUGCGCCCUAGUGUACCAUAAACCGUAUACCCUGUUUUUGUGAACACACAGUAUACAUGGAUGAUAAUAAUUAAACAAUUUUCAUAUAACAUAGAUAUUUGAAAAAUCGUAUCUACAAGUGCGAUGUUGUUCAUUAAAUUGUACAUAGCUUAUUACACGCGCGUCACACCCACAGAAAUCUUAAAUUAUUACUAUUGAAAUAGGGCGUACCUCUUUUUCACCUCCAAGUGGACUACAAUUAAAACGUGAAUGCCCAUUCACCGACAACUAAAUAAAUACAAUUUGUAUAUAUUCGCUGCAAAAGACUGGGCCCUACUAGCGAGUGCAGUCUCGCGAAAUUCCGAAUUUUAUACGACUUACGAAACUGUAUUUUUUAAAUUGUUCGAUAGGACAACUUUAUACAAUUAUAUAAUUAUCACGUUUUAUUUUUCUAUAAUGAUCCAAUGUUGAUUUAAUCGGUCUUUUUUUAAUACUAGAAUUUAUAAGAUUCAAUGCCAAAGGAGCGA